AUGACUUCCCAAAUUAAGAGAAGGAAUGAGUCGCAAGCACCAUCUCUGAUUAUGUCACUUCCAGAGGACGUCAUCUUUGACAUCUUAGCUCGUGUUCCAAGGUUCGAGUAUUCAACACUCUACCUCGUUUCCAAGCAGUUCGGGUCACUUGUUGCUUCACCUGAGAAUCUGAGAUAUACUUUGCAUAUUCUCCUCGGGAAAGCCAACGGCAAACGUCGCUUGGUCCUUAUCCGUUCGGUUCCCGCUAUGAAUCCUGAAGCAAGAUUUCUCGCAGUAGGCUCGAGCAUUUACGUGUUUGGUGGUGGGAGAAAAGAUAAGACAAGAGAUAGCGUGUUAAGAAUUGACUGUAGAUUUCACACUGUGGAACACCUCCCCAGAAUGCCUGUGCGCAUGGCUCAUAUAAUUGCUGACGUCAUCGAUGGGAGAAUCUACGUAAUAGGAAAGGACUACGAGGACUGGAAGCGGAUGAAGAAGAAGGUGAUGGUGCUGUUCAAUAUAGAAGCACAAAUGUGGGAGCCUGCGAUGAUAAUAACAGACAUAGAUCUACAAGAAGACUGGUGUAAUUGUGUCGUGAUGGCUGAUAAGAUGUACACGCAGGAUUAUCGUAAAAGCUUUGUUUACAAGCCAAAGGAGGGUAAAUGGGAAACGGAAGAGAUGCUGAGUACUAAGGUGUGGGGAGUAAUGCGUGUGUCAUCGAUGAUGUGCUGGGGUGUCGUUAAAGGUUUGGAAGAAUUGUUGCCUGAGAGUAGUAGUUCAGAUUGGAUAAGCACUGCGAGCUACGGUGGGAAACUGGAUUUGUGUUUUUCUAAAGGAAUAUGA